GCUGCCCUCUGACCUGGCUUAGAAUCCAGUGUAGGAACCAAAGGGGGCCGUUUGUGUGUGCUGCCGCCACACCGGCUUCGAGAGCGGUGUGUGUCUGGUGCGCUCAGAGACCCAAUCCCAGGGGCCCUGUCUUAUCGCCCUUGCUGGGAAAGUGCCCUCCUGGAGUCCGUGGCGCGUCCUUCAGCCCCAGCUGCGGCAAGUCAGCAGAGCUUGUGCUGGAGGAGGAGGAGGAGGAAUGCAGCCGCUCCAGCUGAAGGCGGCCAAACCACUGCCUUUCUUUUUCAAAGGUUCCACACCAUGGUUGGAAUGUAGAGCGACACGUGAAACUGGGUUGGCCAUUCCUUCCGCCUAGGAGACGGAGAGUGAAGCCCUCCCGUCAGAAUCAGACUGGGCAGAGCUGCUGCCGAUGGGGGGCGGGUGCUGCCUGCCUGCCUGCCUGCCUGCCGCCCAGCCAAGUUCUGCUCUUGCGUAGCCUGUGCCCCUUGGUCUCUUCUCCCUCCCGCCAGUUCAGAGCCUCCCAGGCAUGUCUUGGCAGUGGCUGCUGGGACUGACGGGGCCCAGGAGGGGAGAGGCUGUGUGUGGCCCUUGAAGCAGCAUUUGGCCAGCUCACCCCGCGGGGGCUGCCCUCCAGGCAGCAGGCUCUCCUUGAGGAGGAGGCCCCGGACUGGGUCCAGCACAGCAGGCGCAGGGCGUGGGCAGCUCAGUUAAUGAUUAGCUCCCGCCAGCGGGCUCCACUCGCUCCCGCCCUGCCAGUGCUGGCUCCUCACAGCCGACAUGCCGCCGAGGCUCCCUGUGGCUCUGCUGGUGGCGGGCUGGCUCGUGGGGCUGGAGCUUGCCCAGGCCCGCAAGUCGGAGCCGCUGAGUGGCUCUGGCGACCAGCCUCUCUCCCGCGGGGCAGACCAGAAUGACUUCGCCAUCGUGAUCCCCGCAGGCGGCAUCGAGUGCUUCUGGCAGUUUGCACACCAGAGCGGCUACUUCUACUUCAGCUAUCAGGUGCAGUGGACCUCCGGGAUAGGCCACGACAGACACAUCCUGGCCACCGCAAAUGACCCCAACAACCUCCAUCUGGGCACCUCCCAGGAUGUGCGAGGACAGAUCAACUUCAAAACCACGGAGACAGGCUUCUACCAGCUGUGCCUCAGCAACCGGUACAACCACUUUGGCUCUGUCCAGGUUUAUCUCAACUUUGGGGUCUUUUACGAGGGCUUCGACCUACAAGAGCCAUCUGCACUUGAGAGGAAGAGAUUGAAUGAUACGCUGGAUGCCAUUGAGGCGAGCACCCGGAAACUGAUGGGCCAGAUCUUCCAGAUGUGGCGCUACUACAACACUAUCCGGAUGACCAGCGGGGCGGACUAUUCCCUUCUCCUGUCCAAUCAGAACUACGUGACCUGGUGGUCAGCCGCCCAGAGCCUCCUCAUCGUUCUCUCUGGCAUCCUCCAGCUCUGCUUCCUGAAGCGCCUCUUUAGGGCGCAGCCCACCACGGCAACCCACAAGCCACGCUGCUAAGGGCUCACUGGGCAGUUGUGGCCAGUGUUCCCCCUGGAGGUCGUAGACGCCAACUCCCAGAAUCCCCAAACAAAAGCCACUGCAGCUGGGAAUCCCUGUGAGAGCGAAGGCCGGUGGUGGCAGCCUAGAAGAGUGGAAGUCCCCGGGCCUGGCUCCCCCCUUACCAGUCUGGCUCAGUGGCUGCAGCUGAUAGGUCAGAGUUCCUCCAUCAAAAGCAGGAGAGUGCACAACUAGUAGCACUUCUACCUGCUGGAGCUGCUUCUUUCAGCUGCCUUCACAAGCCUGGUCUAUGAAGUCCUGCCAUCACGGGGGAGAGAUUGGUGCCUACUAAUCGAGGGGGAUUCAUUUGGAUUAAAGCUGGCCUACAUGAAAUAAACAGUACUUGAACUAUCA